GGUGUGGAUGCGGCGGGCUCCCGGCGGCCGCGGGCUUGGCGGUUGCGAUCAGAGGGGAUGAAGAAGCCGUGGCGGAGCCGUUUUUACAUUAAUUGCCAUCACUGCUAAGAUCUGAGACAAGGCGGUGUUGAUGUUAGCUGAAGAAAAUUUCUGCAGCCCACUGUAUAGCUUGCUUGUACGAUUGUAAACCAUGCCUUUAGUCAAGCGGAACAUUGAACCCAGGCAUCUCUGCCGAGGAGCGCUACCAGAAGGGAUUUCCAGUGAACUGGAAUGUGUAACCAAUAGUACCCUGGCAGCUAUCAUACGACAGUUAAGCAGUCUAAGCAAACAUGCUGAAGACAUAUUUGGUGAGUUGUUUAAUGAGGCCAACAACUUUUACAUCAGAGCAAAUUCUCUUCAAGACAGAAUUGAUCGCCUCGCUGUCAAAGUUACCCAGCUGGAUUCAACAGUGGAAGAGGUAUCACUACAGGAUAUUAACAUGAAGAAAGCGUUCAAAAGCUCUACAAUACAAGACCAGCAGGUGGUUUCCAAGAACAGUAUUCCCAAUCCAGUUUCUGACAUUUACAAUCAGAGUGAUAAGCCACCUCCCCUGAAUAUACUUACACCUUACAGAGAUGAUAAGAAAGAUGGAUUGAAGUUUUAUACUGAUCCUUCCUAUUUCUUUGAUCUCUGGAAAGAGAAAAUGCUACAGGAUACAGAAGACAAAAGGAAAGAGAAAAGAAGACAAAAGAGGGAGAAACACAAGCUGAAUCCUAACAGAAACCAGCAAAUAAAUGUGAGGAAAGUCAGAACAAGAAAAGAAGAGUGGGAGCGAAGGAAAAUGGGUAUUGAGUUCAUGAGUGACGCCAAGAAACUGGAACAGGCAGGGAGCAUGAAAGAGGACAGAAUGCCCAGAGGGUCCCAUGCAUCUGAUGUGACUGAUUAUUCUUAUCCUGCUACUCCAAAUCAUUCUCUUCAUCAGCAGCCAGUGACUCCUUCUUACGUAGCAGGGGACGCACAGCAGUAUGGGGCUACAAAUCAAGCCCUGGAGCACGAGUAUAACAGACCUCCUUCUGCCACGGUCAGGCACAUGACCUUGAACAGACCUCAGCAGCCACCGCCACCCCCACCACAGGCCUCGGAGGGCUCCCAGGCCUCUGCACCUUUGGUGCCAUCGGACUAUGGGAUGCUUCCAGCACAAAUAAUUGAAUAUUACAACCCAUCAGGACCACCACCACCUCCACCGCCUCCCAUGAUUCCUUCAGCACAAACUGCUUUCGUUAGCCCCCUCCAGAUCCCUACACCGUCUUCCUAUCCUCCAUUAGCGACUAGUUCCACAUACACCGCUACUCCUCAUCCACCUUCUGUUGGGCUUGCUGUUACAGCUCCUCCUCCUCCGGGCCCACCACCUCCCCCACCGGGCCCUCCUGUAGCAGGGCCUUCUCUUUCAUCCUCCCCCAUGCAUGGCCCCCCAGGGGCUGAAGCAAAGAGACAAGAACCAGCUCAGCCGGCAAUCAGUGAUGCUCGUAGCGAUCUUCUUGCCGCCAUUCGGAUGGGAAUUCAGCUGAAAAAGGUGCAAGAACAGCGAGAACAAGAAGCGAAACGUGAGCCUGUGGGAAAUGACGUGGCGACGAUCCUCUCCAGACGUAUCGCUGUGGAGUACAGCGAUUCUGAUGACGACUCGGAGUUUGAUGAUAAUGACUGGUCAGACUGAGGCUCCCUUCAUUAGCACACCACAUGGGGCAGCUAAUUGAAAUUGAUGACACCGUUGGCCCACAAGCAAGGCAGUGUGUUGAAAAUUUGUAGUGGCCUCAGUGCUCACGUAAUGCUAUUAUAACAUCGGAGCUUAGCAACUUUUGUAUUAAUAAUGUGAUUACGCUUUCUGCACAUCCAAAAAUUCCAGGCUUUUUUUUCUCUCAGUAUUUACUGUGUAAUAUUUAAGUGCCACUAAACAUAGCAAAUCAUGUGCUUCACACAAGAAAAUAUGCUGUUGUUGUUGCACUUUUAUGGAGCAAGCCUUUUGUUUCCCUCCUGGCCAGGGAAGGAGUUUUAUUUCAUGUUCAUUGUUCAGUAUGACUCUGCUGACUUGAAUUCUAUUUGUGAAGCUGCCUAGUUGUGAGAUUGUUGCAAAAUUCACAGCUUCAUGUCAGAGUGACUGUCUUCAGAUCGGUCAGACAAUUUGUUGCUUUGCUUUUAGUGUAUGCUUCUGAAUUUGGCGCAAGGGGAGAAAAAUUACCAAGUGAACAGAAACAAAAUCUCUUAACAUGCUUGUGUGCUUAAUUUCUUGGUUUAGUAGCCUGUGUGUGAACUUGAAUGUUUUCUCCCGGAAUACGAUUUCCUCUGCAUACUCUUCCACUGUUCCUCAGAAAUCACCAGGAACUGUACAUUUCAAAGGCCCAUCAUUAAGAGGGAUUCCACAAUGAUUUUCCCUCACCCUGUGGGCACUCAGUGAAUGCAGUUCAUGAUCUUUACAAAGGACUCCAGAACCUCGAUUCUGGUAAUAGUGAAAGAGGGAGACUUUCUACUUGGGGGGUUGCCAAUGGAUGUCUGUUGAGUUUUGACAGUGGUUAAUUAAUGGUACCUCUUCAGAGAUUGCCUAAGAUCAUUUGAGAAUCUUGAGUUUUUAGUGAAUGAAUCACAAAAAAACAGGUCUAAGAAGCCAGAGUUUAUAUAAAACUUACAAUUAGUAUAUUCCCACUUUUAGUGGUUCUGUCUAGAGGCAGAGAUAAACCACACUGUUGGUAUCCUGGAAGCACACAAUUUCUAAUGCAGUUAGCUUUGGGCACAUAAAGCAGAAAUGUACCUCACUAAGUUUUCUUCAUCAUCUUCGUAGAUGGAGCAUCUCACUAAACUCCCCACUUCAUCAUCCCAUUUACUUUUCUCCUCUUCUGGCUACCAUUUAUAUUUGUUUAGGCUUAAGAUCCACAGAGACCAAUGUUCCACCUUGAAAUGAUCCUUAGGAAAUCCAUCCAUUAGAGCUUCUGUUUUUUAAUUCUGGGUGAACAGUAACCACUUAUUUAAUCUAAGUUAAUUCCCCAUGCCCUGAUUAUAGUUUGUGAGACUACUGACUCACACUCUGCUCAUAUUAAAAAAAAAGUAAGACUGUAAAAUUUUAAGAUAUACCUAGACGUACACAUGUGUGUCUAUAUGUAUAUAUACAUACUUAUGUAUAUAUAAAAUGUGUCAUACCAGACUAACCCUAUAUAUAUUUUGUGAGGGUCUAGAACUGUGUUUUUAGUAGUAUAAGGGAUUUCUGCUAAGGAAAUUACCUCUAUCAAUUUAGAUCAGUCAACUAUUCUGCAAUUUAUGGCUUUAGAGAGUUGUUUGGGGCACUUAGUUGGGUAAGUCACUUUCCUGAGGUCACAGAGACAGUAUGUGUCAGAAGUGAGACUUAAGCCCAGGUCUUCCUGACCCUAAGGCCAUCUUUCUAUCUAGUAUUUCAUGCUGCCUCUAAAAUACUUACAACAUUUAAAAUGAACUCUUGAGUCUUUUGACGGCUACUGAUAAUUGUACUGAAAGGAAAAAGACUGAAUUACAUACACACACAAAUACGCAUGUACACACACAGAGUUCACAAUAAAAAGGUAAACAGGAACAUUAAUGAAUGAAUCUGAUCAUCUUUCAGACUUGAGAUAUUAGCCCUCUGGCCUAAGGUAUGUACAUAUGAUAGGAAGAUAGAUAGUUACCUUGGGGCCCAUGGGUGUAGUCUCAUAAUGCCAUUGCUUUGGGUUUUGAUGAGCACAAACAUUCAGACUCUUAGCAAUUUGGUAUUUGUCUCCUUUAUAGGAUUAUAGUAGACCCUUGUACCUGUUCAUUUGGGUCUCCUUAAUAAUACUUGACUAGAUGUUAACUCCUUGGCUUUCUAUACUUAGAGUUUAUUCUAAAAAGUGGGGAUUCUUAGUUUUUAUUAUUUCCUUUCCCUGUCCUCCUUCUGAAUAGAGUUGGUUGUUAAUUAAUGAAUUUUAAAAUUCUCUCUGUGUUGAAGUCUCUUCUGCUGUAUUAAUUCCUGGGGCAUUUCAGAGGGGUGGGGUGGGAGAGGGAAUCUUUCUUAUCUGAUUAGGAUUAUAAUCUUUGUACCAGAAGAAAUCUAUGUAAUUCUAGGCCUAUUAUUUGGUAAAUUUCCUUGUUUCCUAAGAACCUUCUGUUCUCAGGAGGAAAAGGGCACAUUACAAUACCUCCCCCAGCCCCCAGCCCAUUCAUGGUUUUUCUCUUCUUUCUAUUUAUAUCUUAUCACUACAAAAAAUCAAAAUUGGUCCCCCCAUAAUUAUCCACAUGCUUAAUUAUUAGCUGUCUACUUAUAGUGUAAUCCACAAGUUAUUUUCAUCCUCCUGAAUUUGUUACUACAGUAUUUAAAAAAAGAUUUUGCUCUGAUCUAUUUGUGCUUCUUUUAAAAGGAUAUUGUUAGGUGGUUUAAUUCUAGGUUGUGUUGAGGUAUUUUCUUCACAAAAAAUGUUUCAUUCUAAAAUCUCAUUCCAGAUUGCCAUUUCAACUUCAUGCUAAUACAAGGAAAAAGGAAGUUCUUUUAAAUUUUCAUUUCCUUUGUCCAAAUUAAAGUAAAGUAGAGUGAGGGCAUGGAGAAGGAGCUCAUGACAAGUAAAUUUUGUUUCUAAUAUUUUAACUUUUUCGAAGUUAAACAAUAUAUAGUAACUUGGGUCACUGGACAAAAAAUUGUUUAUAAUCAGUAUCUCAGACUGUUAACUUUUGAUUUGUCUUUAAUUGUUUAAGUUGUUAUAAGGUCAUUAACCUGUUGUAAUUGUACAUUGGAUAGUAUUAGUUUUAGACAAAAGGGAUGGAAAUUAUGAAGUAAUUGAAUGUGAAAAGUUACCACAGAUACCUAGUUAAAUAACUCAAAUAGCAAGAAAGCAAUUGACUUUGCAGUAUCAUCCCAAGGCAACCCAUGAAUAGGAAGGCUUGGCACAUAUUGUUAUUAUCAUUUUCUAAGAAAAGAUCAUGCUAGAGAAUUCCAUACUUUUAAGUGAACUAUGCUAAUAGUUACUUUUUAUUUCAGUGAAAUUUAUAACACCAGAAACUUUAUGAGCACCUCACUGAUGUGUUGUGAAAAUUUUGUACUUAUUUGCAUCUGUUGUUAAUGAUAAACUUAAAAUAAGUCAUAUAUUGUAACCCGUUAACGACUAGUGGGAUGUACACCAGAGUAGCCAAGAAUUUUUUUUUCCCUAAAAUUGGAGUAUUUUGUCAUCUCCUUUCAGUAUUUUGCCACAAUUAUUGUAAAUUGAAUUAAAGUAGUAUAAACAGACUUACUCUUAUUAGACCAUUUUUAUCUGUUUGUAUAUCUUAAUAUAGA